GGAGGAGCCGAGCUGGACGGCGACCCCGAGCGCAGCCCGGGCGCCGGGUGGCUUCCCCAGCGCGGGCGGCCGGCCCUAGCAGCCGGGCGUGUCCGCCGGCCCCCGCGGGCACACGCUUUGCCCUGCCUGCAGCCCCGAGGGUGAGGUUCCCCCCGCGCCCAGGCUUCGGGCGGGGACCGCCCGCCCCGCCCCAGCCCGCGCCCGCAGGCGUUGGCGGUUGAUCAGAGAGGCGUGGAUGUGUUUACAAGAUGUGAGUUGUGUUCUUUCCACCGUUACCUUCUGAGGGCUUCUUACGCCUGAUGGUGACAGGUGGGAAUCGUGACACGGAAGAGCAGCAUGAAGCCAGUGAAGAAAAACAAAGCAGAAGACCCUGAAUUGGAGCCCCUGUGCUGCUGCGAGUACAUCGAUCGAAAUGGGGAGAAGAACCACGUGGCCGCCUGUUUGUGUGAUUGCCAAGAUCUGGACGAAGGGUGUGAUAGAUGGAUUACGUGUAAAUCUGUGCAACCAGAGACUUGUGAAAGAAUCAUGGAUACCAUCUCUGAUCGCCUCCGAGUUCCUUGGCUUAGGGGAGCCAAAAAAGUUAACAUUAGCAUCAUUCCCCCACUCGUCCUGCUGCCCGUCUUCCUCCGCGUGGCCUCCUGGCAUUUCCUCCUGGGAGCGGUGGUGCUGACCUCCCUCCCUGUGCUGGCUCUGUGGUACUACUACCUCACUCACAGGAGGAAGGAGCAGACCCUGUUUUUCCUGAGCCUCGGGCUCUUCUCUCUGGGCUACAUGUACUACGUCUUCCUGCAAGAAGUGGUCCCCAAAGGGCAUGUGAGGCCCACUCAGCUGGCUCUUCUUACUUGCGGGUUACUUCUGAUCCUCUUAGCUUUGUACAGAGCCAAGAAAAAUCCAGGCUACCUCAGAAAUCCAGCAAGCGGUGACAGAUCUGUAAGCAGCAGCCAAAUGGAAUGCCUGAACCCGAAAGGGCAGGAGAAGACCAAAGGGUUCCUUGGCGCAGAGUCAUCAGGCGGUCUCAACAACCGCACGCCCAAGGAUGAUCUGAAGGGCUCUUCCAGGACGUUGGCUGGAAGCCCCACCAAGGUGAAGGAGGACUGGUGUGCCAAGUGCCAGCUGGUGCGGCCAGCCCGGGCGUGGCAUUGCCGGAUCUGUGGCAUCUGUGUGAGGAGAAUGGAUCAUCAUUGCGUCUGGAUAAAUAGCUGUGUCGGAGAAUCAAAUCAUCAAGCAUUUAUACUUGCUCUUUCGAUCUUCUUGCUCACGUCGGUGUACGGGAUAGCGCUGACCUUGGACACCAUUUGUAGAGACAGAAGUGUCUUCACAGCCCUCUUCUAUUGUCCUGGAGUUUAUGCAACUUACAGCUCGGCUCUGUCCUUUACCUGCGUGUGGUACUCUGUGAUCAUCACAGCAGGCAUGGCCUACAUCUUCCUGAUCCAGCUCAUCAACAUCAGUUACAACGUGACGGAGAGGGAAGUCCAGCAGGCGCUUCGACAGAAGACGGGGCGCCGGCUUCUCUGUGGGCUCAUCGUGGACACAGGCCAGUACAAUAGGGGCUUCCUGCGGAACUGGCACCAGUUCUCCACCCUGGGCGCUCACCCGUUCCAUCACCCUGCUGAGGACAUUGUCUGAAGUGCCUUCUAAACGGCUCUCUCUGAGGGACAGCGCCUCCCUCCGCUCCCUUCCAUCGUACACUUCAGUGUCCAUGCUGGAUGUUCGUUUUUAUCCCCAGGUUCUUAAAGGCAUUACAGGGCCAUGCUCAGGGUUAGAGACUGGACUGGGAAGAAGUUAGUAUUUCUGAUUUCACAACUUAAGAGAUUUUUAUAUUGAAGCAGUGAAAGUAGAGCCAUUCCUUUCCAGUCACCUCGUUAACUCACUCAGUCACCAGAAGUUGAAAAGGAGGUGGAUUACUAACACGCACAUGGAUAGAAGCAGUUCGUGUCCAUUAGCACAGGAGGAAGGGUCUGGAUUAGGACAGGUUCUAGUCCCUCUUUCAAUUCCUAAUGGCCAUGUGACCCUCAGUCGUGUCCCUUCCCCGAGUCUCAGGUUCAUCUGUAGAGAGGGGUACUCAUGCUGCCCUGGCCACCGCACAGAGUGGCCAUGAGGAUCACGUCGGGGGUGAGGGAUGUGGAAGGCACUGAAAAACAACUGAAGCACCCGAGAGGUGUGAAGUAUUGUUAGGAAAAUCCUAAGACUGAAAAAAAUGAUUGGAGGUCAGAACAUCGAAGGGAAUAUUAUUAGAGUAAUCCAUUCUGAGCACUUCAGAGCGAAAAAAAGGUCCCCAAGUACCGUGUCAUACAGUUAGGGGAAUGUCUCUCUCUCAAGUUUGAGACAUUAACUACUCAAACAGGGUAGAAGACGACCAGAUGGAUUUCUGCUGUCAUCUGACCUUGAAAGGACAGUUGAUAACAAUCAUGAAAUAAUUAUUGCUAGUAUGAUGGAUAGUGGUCAUGAGUUUAGGUGAUGAAUUCUUAUAUUUUCUUAUGUAUUUAUUCUGUUUGGAUUUCCUAUAAAUAACUCCAGUGGGCAUUAAUGUUUUUCUCUCUUUCCAUGACUCACCUGGUAAGGUGCUAGCACACUUGUGACAAUGGCUGGAAGAGGAGAACAGACACCCUUAUGCUGAACUUUACUCUCUUUCCUGGGUAUGGUGGCUGAUUAAUAUCAAGGGCUUGAUUUUUUUUUGUUCAUGUAAGUAAUUCAGACUCCGUCAGUUAUGGCACUAAGUUGCAAAAACCAGCGUUCUGGCAUUCACGUUAUUCUGGCAUGAACUCUUUGAGGAGUUGACUGACAUCUUUCCACUUAACUUGCACAUUACUUCCCAUUCACCUUUCCCUAGAUAAAAGUCUCUCUAGGAGAGAAAAAGCAGAGUACCUGUGGUUUCCACUCAUUAAUGGAUUGCUGUUCUUCCCCAGCUCUUCCUAAAAUAUCAAGUUGUUUCUUUAAUCAUAUCUCAAAACUGAAAAUGUAUAAAGGAGUAAGUUAUUAUAUAGAAUGGUCUGUUCUGCCACAGAAUUAAGAUGAGGCAAUUUCAGAUGGGUAAAAUACCCUCUUGAAAAAUAUGGUUAUGUACAUGUACUUUUUUUGCAAUCCCAAAGAUAAUUCAUGAGUCCUUAAAUUUGCCUUGGCUUAUAGCUUAAUAUAGGGAAAAUAUUGCCAGCUUUUUCAGACUGUCUGUGCAUGCUUCUGUAGCAAGAGGUUUAUAAGUGUUGAGAGGAAAUAUUGCUACUUCCUGCAACUCUACCCUCUGUAGCUGGCACCGUCCCUAGUCCUGCUAUUGAUCGAGGCUAUCCUUGAGACGGACGCCACAUUUUUAUGCAGGCUUAUCGUUGUUCUCCCCAGAGAUGGACUGUUGAAUGAGCAGUCUCCAUCUUCCACUGGGAUGAGCCAAAGAGCCAGUCUGGGGAUGUGAGCAGAGGCUGUGGUUUCUACAGGAAAACCCUCGCCCUGGGCAAGAGUUGAGCAGUCAUUUGGAAUUAACAUUGGAUCUGAUAUAACAAAUUCCUUUCUGUAUAGGUUUGAGAUAAGAGAGAGUAAUAAUGCCAAGGAUAGCACAUGUGGCCAGAAAUCUCUAGUUAUAUUCUCUUGAAUGCCAGAUGUAUAGCCAACCCUUUCUAACAAUUGAUAAUAAAGUCCAUAGAAAUAUCAGUAUAGUCAGUAAUUUUAGCUUCUUGCCAAAUCUUUACAAUCAAAAUGUCAUGCAACGAAGAUGAAUAGUACCCAAAAGACCAAAGUCAUUUGGGAGAAUAGGAAUGCUCACCAUCUUUAUACAGCACACCCCUCACAGGGUUGCCUGGAUGGGACAGCUCCGUUUUUCCCUCACUGGGAUAAGGACUCCUUGUAUAUUAGUCUGGCUUACUGGAAUUGAGAGGCUUGUUUUAAGUUCCUUGAGAACUUCACAACUGGCAGUUUACAGAAGAAAGCUCAAACCUUUUGAAAAGCUCAGUGGUUUCAUGGGGGUCAACACCUCCUGAAAUACUUGAACCAAAAGGAGUAGCAAACAAGGGGCGCUCUGUGAGCAGUGUGUCUGUCGGCUCUGGGACAUCCUUGGCCUAGACUCCUAGACUCUGAAGCCUAUUUAUGAUCUGUAGCUAUUUGAAGGAGUUUGUCCUUUGAAAGGACAGGGCCUCUGUGAACAAAUGAGUCCCAGAGAAACAUGUGGCUGUGGCAGCCAUGGGCACUUGCCCUGCAAACCUAUAAACCUGCAGUCUCUUGGGCAUAGGAACAACCCACCCUCCUCCCAACAUAGUUCCGGACAAGUGGGUUCCUUUCUCUCCCCAGCGUCCUCAGCCUCUGUUAAACGCAUACUGGAUGUGGAACGUAAUAAAUGAGCUACUGUAUUCUGACCACUGACAUUACUGUUCUGCCAGUGUGUACUAUUCCUGUAGAAACAGGUCCGUUUGAAAGAUUCAAGGGAGAAAUAGUUAAGGAUGAGGAUUUCAUGAAAGGAGAAAAAUCCUUCAAUAUUUAAAAUGUUUCUUUUGAUACCCAAAGAGUCCGUGGUGGUAGCUGGGUCCAUCUGAAGUGAACUGACCAUUAUCGGCGCCUCUUUGGGCGGUCUCUCUGAUGCUGCUGAAGUCAGGCCUUAAUUGUGCUUUAGGGACACUGUGCUGCUCUGUCAUGUCGGCCGCCUGAGUGUCUGUUGAGGAUACUGUAAAUCUUUGCUCUCCAGGUAGUGUUUUCUUUGGUGAAUGAAGUAAUCGUCCUCCACCGUACCAUCUCCCUCACAGAAACACUGCUACAAACAUUCUCUUAUGCAGUAGUCCUUGGUACUUCUAAUAUUUUUAGCAGGAGUAAAUUUUCUAUACCGGAAUCUUCCACUGCCAGAAAGCACAAUGCCAGUAAGGCUCUCCUUGAUACUGACCAUCCGCUUAAUAGGCUCUCUUUCCUUUGGGUAGGACAUUAGCUUUUUAUUACAGAACUCAACUAAUGUAAGCAAAAGUGUGAUGUCUAGAAGCACAGUUUUAACCAGGAUGUUUAAAAAUUAACGUUUUGUGAGGUUUAAGGGUCUCUUUAAACUAGGUAAGUGGGUUUAUAUGACCUGACUUCCUUUUAGCCAUAUUUUGGUACCCUGCAUUUUAAAAAGGAGAAUUUCCUCAAACAAGCAAUGGCUAAUAGAGAGUUUUGCUUGAGGCGCUUGUUUGGAAUCUGGUUUUCUCCUCAGCAGCGUGACAAGUGUGCCAUUUUAUAUUAAACGUUGCAAAGGUGACGCAGGGGAGGAGAGCCGUGCUUAAUGCUGAGUAGAAUUCAGUGUGUUCUUGUGGAUGUUUGCUGUGAUUGAUACAGACUUUUUGCAAAAUCGGCUAAAUUUAAUCCUGUUGCUAAUGGACAAUUAUCCCCACUUCAGCUGGCGCUGACUGUUCCCCCGGAGCAUCAGCAGCAGGCCCAAGACUGCAUGGUGAAUGGAGACAAAUUUGUCAGAGCUUGUGGCUGUUCCGUGGUGGGCUUGUGACUUAUGACUGGUCUAGCCUUCCUGAUUGCACCUUUCACUUCUAGCAGAUUGCUACUUUAAAGGCAAAGCUUUAAAACCAGAGCUAGUCUAUUCCAGUUAUUGAUGCAGCUAAAAUUCUGUAUUUCUUCAGAUGGAGCCCCUGACAAGAUGCCAUAUUUAGAACUUGCUCAGCUCGUGAUCCUCUGGUCUGGUGAUCUGAUGGUUUGACUUGUUAGGGCUUUUGAGCCUUGCCUUUGAUUACAUUUCUGGGUCUGAUGUUAGACUAAAGGAAACCCAGGAGUAUUUAUUUAAUAGUAAAUUUAAUAUUUAAUGUAACCGGCCCAGCAAUGUUAAAGGAGAUUUCUGAAGCCAACUCUGGAGGCUGCGGGCUAAAAAUUUUGCACUCUUUUUAUACUUGUAUUCAUAUCCUCUCACCACCUCAGACUCAGACACAAGGCCUUUUAAAUGGAGAUUUUAAAAAAUUACUGCCAUUUAUGUAAAAUAAUGUACUGUGACCAAGUUGUUUAAAUGGAAAAUAAAGUGCUUUCUUUAAGGAAAAUAGUUGGUGUUUCUUGGCAUAUUUCCCGCACACUCUUGCUUUAAGAAAACCCUGCCUUUUAGCUAGGCUGCCUCUUCAGCUGCCUCGAUGUCCCCAUCCUGCGGACCUGUCCUAUCCGUGGCCCUACACUGUCCUUUUCCUGGUGGUGAUUUCCCAGUUUUGUAGGCCAGGGGUACUGCUUAUUUGGGCAUUAUGUUAGCAGUAACAUUUCAAAUCAUACCUUUAAGAUAGUCCAGCAAGAAACACAGGUCAUUUACUAAGUAAUUUUCCUGUCUCCAGAAGGUUCUGUAAGUAGGUAAAAACUUCUUGUUGGCACAAUCAGAAUUUGGGCUGCUAGACUCAAUUUCUAAUUGUUGCUUGAGGUGAAAGAAAAAUAAAAGAAAGCUUAAGAGAGAGGACUUGAGCUUUAUGGGAUUGAUUUAGGCCCCUGGCAUGUGUACCUGAGGGAUUCACCCUUCCUUACCUACAGGCUUGGCGUUGAAAUAAAAUUGGUAUUUGAGUCCUGGGUGCUAAUAUCAGCCAAUAUUCUGCAACUGUAUUACAGUUAAGUAUAAGUAGAGAGUGAUUAAAUGGAAAAAGAUGAAGUAUGAA